AUGGGUCUCCCAGAAACCACGAGUGACGAUGUGAACAAUGACGGCCAACAAUGCUGGCGUCAGUGGGAGCCUGAUCACGAGCCUCCUACAGAUGACAAGCCCGAUUUACAAGAUGAGACCUGUGCCACCAGCGAUGGACCAUACUUGGCAUCAUCACGACCGAUACUUUGGCCAUUGUCGAACGGCGGGGUAUCUAACAAUACACUGGCGCCGCUUAACCAUCACAACCAGCUCACACGGUUUAUGGCCAAGCAAGCACUCGGCUAUAUUCCUAAGCUCAAAGCAUGCAGCCCCGACCGCACCGCACUUCCGACCUUUCAGCUGCCUCGUAUCGGCACUCCGCCAUUGUCGCCUCAGAAAUGGGCUAGUCCAUCUCCAUUUGUAAGCCAAGAGAAAGCUGAGGGCGGUCGUCCUAGUCUACCAGCUCUUGGCUCGAGCACCGGUAGCUUUAUUCAGCGGUCCAGUAGCUUCUCUGAGAGCUGUGUGUCCCCAAUUCCACCGUUGAAGUUGCAAUAUCAGGAGACGACGCAUCACACAAUGUCUAUCGCGGACCUGUGCCAGCCAUUCCGUUACAUGCGCGCAGCUUCGUGUCCAUCUGACACAAACCCGCCAAAGUCCGCCCCAACUACGCCUCAGCCGAACGUUGACAAAACCUGGAGACCAACUAUUGAGUCGCUAAACUAUCCGUGGACUCAAAGAUGUUGUGGUGAUGCAGAAAUCUCGCAUCGUGAUCAACCGCGAACCUCAUCACUUGUGGAGAAUGAGUGCCAGCCCAAGCGCCUGGAGCGGAGUAGCUCUGUGGACGCUCCCACGCUAAUGCGCCAUCUCAAGCGCACUGCAGCCGAGUCAAUCGAUCUGACGCAGUGGCUUGACCAUCCAGGUCGAAACUCGCUGCUUUCAUUGGCCGACUCGGCCGAUUCCAUGUACCAACUAGAACAGGCCGGUCGCUCUAUGCGCAUCUCGGACUCCCCUCGGUCAGACCCCGUGACGCCGCACGAGGCAAAACGCGAAAAGAAGCUAUGUGCUUUUCCCCAGUGUGCCAGCAAUGCUGUGACGCGCGGCCUAUGUAUCAGUCAUGGCGGAGGCCGCCGGUGUCAACGUAAGGGCUGCACACGCGGCGCACAGAGCAAGGGACUAUGCGUAGCGCAUGGUGGUGGCCGCAUUUGCCGCGCUGCUGGAUGCUCCAAUAUUCAGCGCAGCAUGGGGCUCUGCAUCCGCCACGGCGGCGGUCGGCGCUGUAGUAUCAAAGGCUGUCAGAAGGGCGUCGUGCGGCAAGAUCUGUGCACAGCGCACGGCGGCAAACGCAAGUGCCGAGUGCCUGAGUGCACGAAACACGUCAAAAAGAAAGGGUUGUGCCGAGCACAUGCCAACUCCAUGUAUACUACGUCGAGCCCGCAAUAA